ACCAUGAGCUGUGACGCUUUUAAAUCCAACAAAACAGUUUAGUGAUCAUCCCAAAAACCAUGUCUCGCAUUAAAAUUUAGAAAGAUCGUUUAAUAAAACCACAAGUGCUAGAAUCUAUGUCUGAUCCGCGGUCCUCCGACGAAGAAAUGUUUUAUCCGGAGGCACUUACGUGUGAUCCACGGUUACCUGACGCUAGUAUAUAUGGACCGAACUUCGAUUCAUACAUGGAUGCUAAGACAUGUGUCUUUUGGGACGUCGAGGAUUACCCAAUCCCUAAUGGUUCCGAUCCUGUUUUGCUGGGGCAGAAAAUCAAAUCAGUUCUCUUGGCUGCGAAUUAUCGUGGGGAAGUGUCAAUCAAGGCUUACGUUGAUACGUUGUCGGAUGAAUUGCGAAGUCAAUACUUGGACGCCGGAAUCACAGUCGAUCUCAUGCCCCAAGGGGAUGAAUACGCUAGGAUUUCUCCCCUGUUUGUGGACGCUUACGUGUGGGCACUGGAUAAUCCUGCACCAGCAAAUAUGAUUGUACUCUCAAAAAAGGUGGUAGAAUCGGUAGAAUCGGAAAGAGCUGUUGUUUUAUCCGAUACUGACUUGAGCUGGCUACCUCUUGACACGGAUUGGCUACCUCCUCUAGCAAGGUCAACCUUGUUUUUGACGGGCCUCUUUGAUGAUAAGAAGCGGAAGAGAGAGGAUACUCUUACCAUGGCUUCUUCUGAAACAAAAAUGAACAAGGUGAGAGAGAAUGAAGAGGCCAUAUCAAAUGCUGAUUCUGAAGAGUAACUUUUCUAGGGUAAACAUGGUUCUAUUAUGCAUAUGAAGGGUCUAGGGCGUUUGUAUUUGAUGGGUUGGAACGUGUUUGCUUACUCUUUUUUUGCAUUUAUCAUAAGCCUCUUUCUUCCAACAUAAAAUAAAACCAAAGACUUCAC